AUGCUAUCCGAAAGUCAAUUUGAUAUUUUAGAUAGUUUAGAUUUAUAUAGUAACAAUAAUGAAAAACCUUUCGGUCAUUGCCCAGGCUGCAAAAAAACUUGCUAUGCUCUAGCUUGGUGUGAUGCAUGCGAUCGAAAAGCACUUGCGACUUGGAAUGAUGGCAUUAGAAUCGUAAAAAAAGUUGAUGGAACUUGGAUAAAAACUCGUAGUGAGCCAUGUGCCAUUUUAUUAAAGGAGAUUAAGGAAUCAGGAAAUAUUGAUCAAGACUACAUUAAUGAGAAUAAUGAUAUUUGGUUCAAAACUCGUAGUAAACCAUAUGUCGUUUCAUUAAAAGAGAUAAAGGAAUCAGAAAAUAUUGAUCAAGACUACAUUAAUAAGGUAUUAUCAUUUAUUUGUAAUUUAAAAGCCGAAUUUGAUUUUUACAAUAUUGACGAAAAUUAUCCAAAUUUCGGUACUUGCCCAAGAUGCGAAAAUGAAUUCAAUGCCCCUGCUUGGUGCGAUACAUGCGAUCGAAAAGAACUUAAUGAUAAAUUUAAUACAUGGACAACUGGAAAUGACAAUAUAAAUCUAUUAAUUCGGGAAUCUCAAAGUUCGGCUCCGGAUUAUUAUAAUUAUUUGGAAUUCAUUCAUUAUGAUCGUUUUAAAGAUAUUGAAAAAAUAGCAGAAGGUGGUUUCGGUGUAGUUUUUAAGGCGACUUGGCUUGAUGGCAUUAGAAUUGCAAAAAAACAAGAUGAUGGGAUUUGGAUCAAAACUCGUAGCGAACCAUGUACCGUUGCAUUAAAGGAGAUUAAUCGUUCAGAACAUGUUGAUCAAGAAUACCUUAAUGAGGUCCAAUAUCGAGUUUCACAGGAAUUAUUUGUUCAAGGGAAAGACCGAUUGAAGUGGCAGAAAAAACUUCAGUAUUUGUAUUUUAUUUGUAACGGCAUACGUGGCAUUCAUCAGCUUAACUACGUACAUGGUGAUAUUCAUUGUGGGAAUAUACUUUUAAAAUAUACCAGUGAUAUCUGCAUCACAGAUCUUGGUUUGUCUCGACCUGCAAAUUCUAAAGAAGCAUCUCAAAAUAAAUCAUCUGAUGAUCCUCCUGCGGGAAAUAUUCCAUACUUAGCACCAGAGUUAUUAAAGAAAUAUCCCAAAUCAAAAGCAUCUGAUAUUUAUGCAAUUGGUAUUCUAAUGACUGAAUUUGCCUCGCAUGAUCGUGCCUUUGAAAAUUACAAUAGCACUGAUCUCAAAAUUGACAUUUACCGCGGUGAACGACCUAAAUUCCCUCCUGAGACGCCAAACUGCUAUGUCGAAUUAAUGAAAGAGUGUCUAGAUGAUGAUCCAAACAAACGUCCGACCGCCGAGAAAUUAGUGAAAUCUAUUUCAGGAUGGCUCAAAUCUGAUUGGAAAUCAAAAUCCAAUCCAUUUAAUAUUGCUGAUAAGCAAUGGAGUCGCAAUGUAUCUAAAGGUUAA